AUGAGGGCCUGCCACAUGGCAUCCCUCUUUCUCACCCAAUUAGGGUUUCAGAUUAGGGAAAUUGCUCUGCACCUUGUCGCGAAGUGGAGGUCUGAUUGCAGAGCGGGAAGGUUCACGGCGGUGGCGUGUGAUGGCUGCCAUGGAGGUUGGGCAAUGGCGAGAACGCGAGAAAAUUGGAUCUCUGUGGUUUUUUUGAGUGCAGGUGCGACGUUGGCGCGAGGUUUUCUGGGUUCUCUGUUGUUCGACGCUAGAGAAGAUGAAGCAUGGAUAGGCGACAACAAGGUGGUUUCGCUGUUGGCGGCGAGAUUGGAUGAUGGUGGCCGUGGAGGUCGCGCUUCGGUAUUGGGGCGCGGAGAAGAUAGAUUGGCCGUGAGCGUAGGUGGCGCGAUUCUGGAUGUGUGUUAUGGACGGUGGCGCUGCAAGGUGGUGGCACGAUGGGAAAGCAAGCCAGGUUCUUUGCUGAAAGUCUGUGUUUCUGCCAUUGAAGAUGUGUUAACUUACAUGGAAGGCAUGCAUUCCACAGGGACAAGCAAUCCACAGUAUAUAGUUCUUCAAGAGGCUUUACGUGCAUGGACUGGAGAUCUCCCUCGGUUGCUUAUCCUGCUUGGAGAUAAUCACCUAGCCUGCUCCCAGGCUUUGAUACGUCUUCUACAUCGUAUUGGACAGCGUGCUUGGAAUCCAGCACUUGUUUGCAUGUAUAACAACAUGCAGCAGUCAUUGCAAGAUUUUUAUUGUACAUAUCAAGAGGGAGGACCGAUAUGUUUUGGUCCUUUUCUCAGGCUUCCUAGAGAAUCUCAAGUUCUCGCUUUAUGUUCCAUUUACUAUGUGUCUCAUUUGGACCUGCCUAUUUUAAAGUCAUUAGUCUAUUGUUGCCUAAGUGAUGAUCUAGACUCCUAUGUCUUAUUUUGGAUCAUAGACGUUCUCCAGUUAGCCUAUGAGCGGGGGUGUAUAGAAAUUGCGGAUUACUUGAGUUUUUUCAUCACCUUGGUCUCCCGUUUCAAAGUUUCUCCUGAAUUUGGUUCCUCUGGUUUUAAGGGUGACCCACUUCGCCAAACUUUAAAGUCAAUGACAGAUAAGAUUUACUCAUGCAUUCAACAGAUGGGUGACAAAGCUAUUGUUCUACGAUUGAUAGAGAGAUUGAUUAUUGAUCAGAUAUCACAAAAGCCUUCUUUGGAUAAUAGAUGCUCUCUCCUGAGAAUGGUUGUUUCAGUGGAUUCGAAGCCCACACUACUUUCUGAACAAAGCAUUGCCACUCUAGGCCUUCAUCUUUCGGAAUAUCUGAUAGAUGUUGUGCAGUGUGUUCCAGAAGAUGAUGGACAAACUUCCUUUCCAUUCAGCCUCCGGCGUUAUUAUGCUGUACCUUGUUUUUUCAUGUUGGAUCGGUGCCAUGAACUUAUGAAUCUUGUGUUGAAGAAAAUGGGAUCGGUUAUAUAUGAUAGCAGCGUUUUACUAAAAUCUGACAAAUACUGUCAAGAUGUAAGGAACUGCUUGAAUAAGGUGAAUGCUGUCACUUCUGCUCUUUCCUUGUUGCACGGGGAUCCUCAAAUACGACGGAUUAUGUCUCCAUACAAGAAAAAUAUUGAUAACGUCAUAGAGCAAGUUAUUUCUUUACAGUCAUCAGGGGAGAUCAGCAUGAAAAUUGAAGAACAUGACAUCAUGAAACGUGCUCUUGAUCAACUAAAGACCUUACGAAAUAACGUAAAGUCUUAACGUUUGUCAAGAAGAAUGUUCCGGAGGAGUGAGAAAUAGCCUGACAUGAAGGACUUGGACUGAGCUGUGUGGUGGGGAAAAUGUUAUAAAGCAUACUCAGUUUUUGUGAAGUAGGAAUAUUAUUUCUCAACCAAAAAUAAU